AUGCCGCUAAGUGCAGGUGCCCUUCUCCUAAGUGCAGGUCGUCGCGAGCCUCCAAAACCCUUGACAUCCACUGUCCCCUAUGCGCAGGAUUACACGAGCCUCCGCUUGAUUCUGCUCCCCCGUCUCCAGAAUAACCCUCAAGUCUCCAAUAGUGAGUCUGUUCGUACCGGGCCGGCCUGUGGACACUGCUUCAUUCGCUGGUCGCCGUCUCGUGCCUCGUUUCGCUCCCUCCUCCCGGUUGAUGUCAUGCUCCACGCCCCGCGGCAUCCACCCCAGGGCUAUCUAAGCUCAGGCCUGUGA